UGCUGUAAAAUACACUAUGCUUGUUAUUAGAAGAUUGCUGAAGCAGAAGAGUCACUGGACUGUUGUUAUUACCGACCUGUAGGAGAGUAGACACCGGUUACGGGGACCGCGGGCAAUGCUGAGUGAAGCGAGAUGAUUGAGGUGUCGAUACCGUCUGUGGAGAAAGAAGUGGACCAGUCCGGCAAAACGCGCAAACUCUACAGGGUGGAGGUCUUGUUUAAUGGAAGGAAACACUUUGUAAUGCGACGACAGAGUGAAUUUCAAGAGAUACACCAGAAGCUCAAGAAGAUCCUUCAGCCUCCUAGUUUCCCUAGCAAAAGAAACCAGAAUCUACGCACCAAACCACUGGAGCAGAGACGACAGGAGCUGGAGAACUACUUACAGGUACUUCUCUAUCAGAAUGAAGAAGUUCCUCAAGAGUUGCUGGAUUUCCUGCAGUUGAAACACUUCCAUUCAGCAAACAAGAUCUGCAGUUUUCAUGAAGAACAUCUAAAAGAACAGGGACACAGCUGCAAGCUUUGGCAUCAAAGAGUGGUUGGCUUCUCAUGUGACCCCUAUCUCCUCACAUCAGACUCUGACCUUCCAGAUGUGGUUGUGGCUGGAGUCUUGCAAGGCCUUUUCCCGAAGGACACUAAGGUGAGCUUCAGCACAUGUUCCAAACCCAGUGUUACAUCCAGAUCCAGACAGCCUUCUGUGCCCUCCAUUGUCAUAGACAGAGUCAGUUUAAGUCCACUGCCUGAGACGGAGAGAACCCAAGAGACUGGAAGCAUCUCUAUUUUCAACUGUAAUAAAGCCACCUGCUUUUAAAACUGUGUCCUGGUGGCUGUUUGGUUGGAUGUGAGGAGUUGCUCAUGUUUACCUCUGUAAGGUCACAGGUAAAACCAAGAUGUCAUGGUGUUUACAACAUAAUGAUUAAUAAGUGACUUCUUUCUUCUCAAACUAGGGAAGAGUUUUAGAUCCAUCAGUGCACAUUCUUAAAUACACAUUUAUGCCUUUUUAUACAUUUGAUAGUAGAACAAAAUGAAUGUUUUUUUAAAUGACUGAUAAAAUGACUCAAUG